AUGGCGAAAAAACCUGAUGUCAUUCAACUGUGGAAUCCAGUGAUUUCUUUCCUUCGUUGCUAUGGAGUCGUUCCAUUAAAGCAGUGCGACAAGGAUCCAUACUUUGAACGCAGCUCCGGCUCGUUCUGUUGGUGUCUGUCCGUUGCUUUGAUUUACCUUUUCACGUUCGCCAUCUCGGUUUGUCUCGUCAUUGACACGUUCAAUAGUUCCUCGAAGAUGAUAGCCGACGCUACUUUCUACUUAAUUUACUACGCCCAUUGCGAAAUGACCCUGGUAUUCUUCUUGUACUAUUCCGGAGAACUCGUGUCCCUAUUUCAGCACUGGGUCGAAACUGAACGUCAACUUCAUUUGAGAAAAAUCUUCAUUGGAAAAAUCACAAAGGCGCAGUGCUGGCUGAUUUUCAUUGCCACGGUUAUCUUGUCCAAUCUUGAAAACGGUUUCUACAUCACUGGUGCGGUAAUGGACGCAAAAAAUAUGACCGAAAUCAUUUACCUUUUGGUAAAUCUGGCCGGAAAGGGAACAGACUUGAGCCCUUAUUUCGGUGGCUAUAAAAAUGUUUACGCAUUCGCGCUGAUUUUCGUCGAGUCGUUGAGCGAAGUCGCUUGGAUUGCCGGUGAUUUGAUCAUUGUCUUGAUCUCUAUUCUGCUCCGCCGCUAUUACGAAGUGUUAAACAGACAACUACCUUCUCAACAAUGUGGUAUCAUCUCCUUGCGCCAACUGGAAGAGAUCCGCCGGGUGCAAUUGGCCAUCUCCACUUUAGCCCAAAAAAUAGCUGAAGUUUUCUCACCACUGAUUCUCAUAACGAUCGGCUGCAAUGUCGUUUACAUCCUGACUUUUCUGUACUCCGGACUGGAGGCCGAUAUCACUAGCCCAAGCUUCUUUGUUCGUUUCGUUUUCACUUAUUCGUUCAUCUACAUUGUGCUUAGGCUAACAUUCUCCGUCUACCUGGCGAGCCUUCUAAAUGAAAUGCCACGGAAUACCAUACAUUACCUGUGUGGUUUGCCGUCCAUAGUCGGGAAUAACACUGAGCAACAAAGGAGGAGAUUGAUUAAGAUGGAUCUGAUUAUAGAAGAAAUACAAAGCGAAUCAACAGCUCUUGGCGGAGGUGGCUUCUUUAUUCUUUCCAAGUCAUCAGCCGCAUCGCUAUUCAGUUUAAUCGUUACAUAUGAAGUUGUCAUGCUACAGUUGCCUCACUAA